UGUAAACCUGUUGAUUUGUGCCGCUUCCCAGAGUCGCCACUCGAGGAUACGUUCAAAUCUCUGCUGUUUAUAAUUUUAUUUGUUAUUUCGUGGCAUCUCGCAGUAAAUUCGGGUUCUAUCGUAAUAUCUGUAUACUCUAUAGAAGCAUUUUUUUAUGCUCUCCGACUGUGUGGACUUCGACCUCUGCGAGACACCUGCCUCAAACAAGGAAGUCGAGUUUGUUGACUGCGUCGCGGAUGAAGUCAACGAGCGAUUAGUAAAUGGGCCUAAAUUGUCACGUUUAGCUGUUCUGAAAUAUAUUUCACCCUUAAAGCUCGUCGUGUAAUUUUGGCUUGUGGACAGUGACUUCUAAACGCGAUAAAGCUACUUCCGCCCUCUCCGGGACAAGGAGAUCUCUUUGUUGACAGUAAAGAAGAUGAACCUUUCUUCGGAAGACAUGGCUUCAUUAACCGAAAAUAAUUCGUCUGCCCUGGAUGCUUCAAAGUCAGGCAUGUCCAACAUGACCAUUAUUGUAUCAGGCAACGGAGCAAUCAUACAGAAUGGGAUGUUUUUAAACACAGUGACUGCCCAGGUCCUCUCAGGGAUAUUCGUCUGGUCUGCCUUGCUAAUAACUUGUCACCAGAUCUAUACACACCUUAGAUCCUACACCGUCCCAAAUGAGCAGCGCUACAUCAUCCGCAUCCUGUUUAUUGUGCCAGUUUAUGCCUUUGAUUCUUGGCUCAGCCUUCUUUUCAUCAGCAACAACCAGUACUAUGUCUACUUUGAUUCUGUCCGAGACUGCUAUGAAGCUUUUGUCAUUUACAAUUUCCUGAGCCUGUCCUUUGAGUAUUUGAGAGGAGAGAGUGCAAUCAUGUCAGAGAUCCGAGGGAAGCCUAUACAAUCAAAUUGUCUGUAUGGUACCUGCUGCCUCGUUGGAAUGAGCUACUCCAUUGGCUUUUUGAGAUUCUGCAAACAGGCGACUCUCCAGUUCUGUGUUGUCAAACCCAUCAUGGCAGUCAUCACCAUCAUCCUGCAGGCCUUUGGCAAAUAUCACGAUGGAGAUUUUAAUGUGAAUGGAGGAUACCUGUAUAUCACAAUCAUCUACAAUAUUUCAGUCAGCCUGGCCCUCUACGCUCUAUUCCUUUUCUACUUCGCAACAAGUGACCUGCUCAGACCGUACGAACCGGUGCUCAAGUUUCUCACGAUUAAAUCCGUCAUCUUCUUAUCCUUCUGGCAAGGAAUGGUCCUCGCCAUCCUGGAGCGCUGUGGCGUCAUUCCCAAUGCACUUUUCAUCGACGGACACGAGGUUGGCGCCGGUACUGUGGCGGCAGGCUGGCAGAACUUUAUCAUCUGCAUUGAGAUGUUCUUUGCUGCCAUUGCCCUCAGAUACGCCUUCACCUGCACUGUCUACCAGCAGAAAAAAAAUGAAGUGCCAGAAAUCCUCCCACCAAUGCAGAGCAUUUCCAGUGGUCUGAAGGAAACGAUAAACCCGGGAGACAUGGUGCAGGAUGCCAUCCACAACUUCUCUCCAGCCUAUCAGCAGUACACCCAGCAAUCCACACAGGAGGUGACCCUGCCCACCACAAAUGGAAAAGUGGCCACAGGCAGCUCCCGCAAGUCUGACAAAAUCAUGCUGAUUACAUCUGAUGAUGAGUACUAGGCAUUUUUCCAGCAAGAUCCAGGUGUUUGUGCCCUUCCCACCCCUGUUGCUGACCCCCUGGAGGAACAGCUUUAUCUUAUGAUGCAUAAAGCUGGAUUGAACCCAGGUGUUUAAUUUUCAGUUUCCCAGUAUUUCAGAUGAGCUUCCUACUUUUGUCCCGUUUCAGUGCUAAUUUGACCACAUGAUGGAUUACGUAUUAAAAUGAAUAGCUUAAUAGCCAGAUAUCUGAUUUGAGUUCAUAUCAGCAGUAAUAAUUGCAGGAGAACGACAUGUCGCCUUCACUCUAUCAGAGAAGACUGGAGUGCUGUGUUUUAUUUAAAUCAAGCUGCUGGAUUUUCAGCUGUGUCGCCGAUGCUGAUUCUGUCAUUCUGUCGGCGCUCUGGCCGUCUGAAGUGUGCUCCCUCUGAUUCAUGUCAGUUUCAAAGAGGAGAUGAUUAAUGUGUGACUCCAGGUGGGAAGCAGGGAAGCCAGAGAUGGCUGGGAGUGGCACUUCAUGGACCGUUUCCCGCAUCUGCUUGUUUGAAGUAUUUGCUGAGCAUUCCUCAGCACGGGUUCCUGACAAAUGGAAGGAUUUGUUCAAAGACACAUUAGUUUUGGAGCAGGCACUUCACAAUUGCUUUGUGUCUACCGUAGCAGGGAUAAACUGGAUAAACCUGCCUCCUACAGUGUGGAAGUUACAUUAUUCUCAUUAAUUUCCUCAGUGUGCUAAAGAGUGAAACUCAGUGCAACUAGACAGCAGUUUACUAGAUUCGUUUUUCACAGUUCCUGCAGCGUUGUAAAUACUUUUAGUGGCGCUUUAUUUUGUUUUUAGGCUGACAUGUGGACAUCACUAUUUACAUUAUGAUUCCAUGUUCCAGGGAUUGUGAAAUCUGUACAGAAUUUGAUUAGUUCGAUAUGAUAUGAUAUGUUCUGUUUGGAGUAUAAUUUUAAAGAUCCUAAUAAUAUUUAUUGUGUGUAUCUCAGGCCUAGAUAAAACCAAAACCUGUGCUAGGAGAAAAAGACUUUUGCUCAUCUCUUUUUUCCCCCUUUAGCAAACAUGGGAGUUGUUUUAAAACAGAGGCUAACAAAUGCUUGUGAAUUUUUAAACCCUCUUGUGCCAAUAAUACCUGUCUUUCUGGGAAAGCAGAAAUUAAUUUCCAUUUGGGUAUAAAAACAUUCAAAAUUGUUUUAUUCUUGUUUCUUAAUCAGCCAAAUAAAAUAAGAGUUUUCCUUCUCUAA